AUGUCCGACUACAGCCCCGGCAUGGACGGCAUCAUCAUCGCCCUGUUAUCGUCUUUCGGGUCGGCGAUCCUGAUCGCUAUCCUCUUCUUCGUAUUCUACUUCUUCAGAUACACAGCGUCGGGCCGCAUAUUUCUCGACCGCAUCGGUCGCCCCGGAGAGUACGAUGACGAGCAAGCAUUCGCGCGGGAGGAGGCCGAGGCCCUCGAGACAAUGGACGAUAUGCAAAGGACGGAAUAUCUCAGGGCCAAAGCCUUCAUCACCGCAAAUCCCCCCGAGUCCCUCCAGACCGACAUAUCUCUGUCACAAUACCUUGCUAUCCAGGAGAAGGGAGUGGCAGCUUGGGAGUUCGAGCCGGAGCUGGAAAUCGCCAACUGUUUCGUCGAGGCGCGGACUGAAAUAGAGUUCUUUGACUCUGAGUGCACCGUCAUGAGCAACCUCCCUGUUCCCAAGCAGAACGAGGUUUACUAUUGGGAGACAAAGGUUUACGAUAAGCCCGAGACUACUCUGAUGAGCAUAGGCAUGGCUACCAAGCCUUAUCCGUUGUUCCGGCUACCAGGCUAUCACAAGUAUUCGGUUGCAUAUCUGUCCAACGGCACCAGACGUUUCAACCAGCCUUUCAACCCGACCCCCUAUGGACCACAAAUCGUGCAGGGCGAUGUUAUUGGCGUCGGCUACCGCCCGCGAACCGGUACCAUAUUCUUCACAAGGAACGGCAAGAAGCUGGAAGACGUCGUCCACGGCCUGAAAUCACAGAAUUUCUUCCCCGCCAUCGGCGCAAACGGGCCGAGCAUUGCACAUGUCAAUUUUGGACAGGCUGGCUUCGUCUUCAUCGAAGCAAACGUCAAGAAGUGGGGCCUUGCUCCAAUGACUGGCUCCCUAGCACCGCCUCCGCCAUACGGCUCGGAACAGGGCAGCAUUCUUCUUGAGGCGGGAAGAAAGGAUAGUUACACGGGCUCGCAAGGUCGCAGUCAUAGGUACAGCCAUUCUGUCCAGACAUACGCGAGGCAGAACCCAAAUGUGCUGGAUCCAGGUCACAACCGGACAAGGUCGGGGAAUUUCAGAGUGCUUUCCCCAACUAGCCCGGGACCGCUCCGCAGCCCUACAGACAUCUCCCUCGCCCAACUGGUGCCCACAGAUGACACCGGCGAGGCUAGCACUAGUGCUGCGGCGGCGGCAUCGGCGGCGCAGGCUGGCGAGAGCCAGACGAACGUCGGACUUGGGUUGCACGAUCCUCACAAUCCACCACCUCCAGAGUACACCAGCCCUGAACCUUCAGAUGCUGGUGACAAUAGCAGGAGAAGUAGCUUCGACGACGAGAACGCACCUCUGAUUCGUCUUACCAGGAGCCGAGGCGGUUCUUCUGCAACAGUGAGGGCAGGUUCGAGUAGCAACAGGACCACAUCGCAAGGGCCCCCGAGUCCGCCGAUACCUAGCUACCAGGAUGCUCUACAACAAGGAGCAGGGCGUGACAGGAGCGACAGCACCAGGACCGCGAGAUCAUCCAGAUGA